CGUCGAACAAACAUUGCGACGAAUUAACCCAGCGGUCCACUGUUCGCUUCAUUGUGGUUGACUGUACCUGGACGUGAAGAGUCAUGGCCGGUCAACUGCUUCUCCGAGGUUGUGGAGCAACGCUACGGUUGAGUCGAACGGCGAUAGCGCGCUCCAUGGCCACGUUGAAAGGAAUACCCACAGAUGAAGAACAAGCCACUGGCCUGGAACGCCGUGCCCUUGAAGCGCUAAAACUGGGAAAAGAUCCCUACAGUAUGCUGAAACCUAAGAACUACGCAGGAACCAAAGAUGACCCGCACAUCGUGCCUUGUAUCGGACAAAAGAGGCUGGUGGGCUGCCUCUGUGAGGAAGACAACACUGCGAUCGUGUGGUUCUGGCUUCAUGAGGGGAAAGCCCAGCGUUGUCCCUCCUGUGGGUCUCAUUACCAGCUGGUCCAUCAUGAGUUGCCUCAUUGAAAUCUUCACCCAAAGCAAUCUUAACAUCAUUGUGUCUGCUAAUCCAAAUCCAACACGUAUAUCAUCAAUAAAUUAAAAUACUCAACUG